AUGAGACUCUUUGGUUUGCAAUCUUGGCUGCGGGCUCUCUUCCACUUCAUUGUUCCGAUGCCCAUGACUCGCGGAAUGCCAUCCCAGCGGCCGUUGAGCCCAACCUUAGACUAUCUACUCAGGGACGGUGAAACUCGCCGAUAUGUGCAGUCCGACUCGGUCUCGCCAUUUGCGCUCGGAGACUUCUUCCGCAACAAAACAUCUGUAUCCGUGAUCGCAGAAGAAUUACAUGCGAAUCUCCGGCAAUACCAAAACUUCAUGUGGAGGCAUAAGACGUCAGCCCGUUUUUUCCUUGGGUCUUUCUUCUUUCACAUCCCUCGAACGUUCCGACUCUUCCGCGCAGACCUUCAACUAUUCGCAGGGCCUGCGCCUGUGUGCCUGAGCGUAUGCAAAGCUGUCUGUGACUCUGUGGCUCUGUGUUUAGAGGAGGCCGGUGCAAAACUUUUCCUAGUGUGCAGCGACCCAAGUAGUUUGAGCUUCAACAUGGAUAGAGCUGGGUCCAUCCAAUAUGUACCCCAGUCAAGUCACCAGGAAGCUAUGCGCACUGACCAUACGGACGACACAGAGUACACGUACUCCCUCCAGCUUUUGACAGGACAGCCACGUUGCUGGAUAUUAAGGUGUCGGUGGGAGAGCAGGAACCAAGGCGAUUCGCUGGUGUGCAGUCCGAAAUUCAGAGGAAGACGAGAAGAGAGAACGAGUUUGCAGGCCAACAGAUGGAAAGCCAAGAAGACGAUGAUUAGGAUCGCAUCCAUCGAUGGCUGCGUUUUGGCUUGCUCAGGCAGUCGUCAGGGGGUGGUCGAAAAGACCGAGGCGGGCCAUCACAAUCCAAAAGUCCGUAACGCUUUGUUUUCGAUAGCAGAGCAUGUGCUGUGUAAGUGGCUGCGACCAAAGUCAGCUCAGCCAGCCCUUCAAAGAUCAAAAGGACAGACUGGUGGCCAAGACGAAUCAGAGCAGCGUGCUGUUGGAAUGCCAGAUUCUCGGGACCCUGGGAGGGCGACGCCGAGAUUCCCAAGCUUACCCCACGUCUUGUGGCAGCCGAAGCAGCUUGUUUCCCAUUCGAGGCAUCGGCCUAAACUGGCCGCAGCUGCACCAAGCAUGCCUGUGAUGAUCCUCGCGCUGGCGUUGGUCUGCUGCAUUCGCAAUCCGCCUGCCACCAUCGCCAUCUAUCUAUGGUCCAUCUCAUCCCUUAGCCCAUUGAUCCAUCCAAAGCACUGCGUAGACAGUCAUCCAGUGAUUCGUUACCGCAACAAGCCUAGUCGUCGGAUUUCCUGGCGGCGCAAGGUCGUGAAAGGUUGCUUGCGCAGGUCCGGCCUAGGCUCCAAGGGGCAGCCCGGCCUGCUCAUCGCAGGGCCAGCUUGGAAGCCUUAG